CACUCUACGACUCUUCAACUCAAUGUCCCAUAUUCUCGUUUGUGUAUUAAUGUCUUCACAGUAUCGGGACACUGUGAAAUCGCUUGUUCUCUGGAAAACAAUUUCCAGGUUUUUGAAAGAUCGAAUUUUGAAGGGAAAAGCCAUAAGUGACACAAUGUAUCCGGCGUCUGUUGCUGAGAAACUCCAUUGAUUGAGAAAUAGAAAUUACCCAUGUAAAGGAGUAGAAACUGUGUACAGUGAUGGACAGGGCUUUUCACUCGAAUGUUACCACUAUUAACUGCAAUAACAUUAUUUGGAAGAAUCGAAGCGAACGGGAUAAUAGUGUUAUCAACAGCAAGAAAAUUGUCUUAAGCCGAGCUGAGGUUGAUAAACGACGAAUUGAAUCAACUUUCGCUCAAGCUAAUGAAGAACAUAACUUGCACAUGAGUCGUAUGAUGGAAUUAGCAAGGGUAGAAGUUUGA